AUGCGACGCGUGGUAGUGACGGGCCUCGGUGCCAUUACACCCCUCGGCGUGGGCAUCCGGCAUACCUGGAAACGCCUGCUGGCCAGUGAGAGCGGCCUGGGGAGCGUUGCCCACCUCGAGCCGGCUCCAAGAUGGCGGGAACUGCCCAGCACCGUUGCUGGGAUCGUGCCACAGGGUAGCAAGGCGGAGGGCAAGUGGCAAGCCUCGGACUGGCUGGAUAAGGGGGAUGAACGGCGUAUGGCGAAGUUCACCCAGUAUGCAAUUGCUGCGACGGAGAUGGCCUUGGUGGAUGCCGGUUGGCGCCCACAUACACAAGAGGAUAGGGAUACCACUGGCGUUUGUUUGGGCAGUGGCAUAGGGAAUCUGGAGGAGCUCUAUAAUACCAGCAUAGCCUAUGACAGAACAGGUUACAAGAAGGUCUCUCCCCUUUUCGUCCCCCAACUCCUUAUCAACCUAGGUGCUGGUUAUAUUUCGAUGAAGUAUGGCUUGCAAGGGCCAAACCAUGCCGUCACAACAGCCUGCACAACCGGGGCUCACGCAAUUGGCGAUGCCUCACGGUUUAUUGCCUUUGGAGAUGCGGACGUCAUGAUAGCCGGCGGAUCGGAAUCUUGCAUCCACCCCCUUGCUCUCGCUGGAUUUGCAAGAUCUCGUUCGCUUGCAACGGCCUACAAUCAUGAACCCACCUCUUCCUCCCGCCCAUUCGAUAAAGACAGGUGCGGCUUCGUGAUCGCCGAGGGGGCAGGUGUCGUCAUCCUGGAGGAGCUGGGGCAUGCCAAAGCUCGGGGUGCUGAUAUCUACGCCGAAGUUCGAGGAUAUGGAUGUAGUGGGGAUGCAUACCAUGUCACGGCGCCGAGGGAAGAUGGGGGCGGGGCACUGCUCGCAAUGAAAAGGGCCUUGCAGAAUGCUGGCUUGCGACCAAAAGAAAUCGACUACAUCAAUGCCCACGCCACAAGCACACCACUUGGAGAUGCGGCUGAGAAUGCCGCCAUUACAGAGUUAAUGCUUGGUGAGGACGGCGUCCAGAAGGGGAGCCAGAUAUCUAUCAGUAGCACGAAAGGUGCAAUUGGCCAUCUACUCGGAGCGGCGGGAGCCGUCGAAGCAAUAUUUUCAAUACUGGCAAUCAAAGAGAACGUCAUGCCACCGACGCUCAAUCUCCACAACAUCAGUGACGGGUUCCACUGCAACUACGUUCCUCUCUCUGCACAACAGAAAGAAGUCAAUGUAGCUGUGUCAAAUAGCUUUGGCUUUGGAGGUACCAAUGCUUCGUUAGCAUUCUCGAAAUAUUGA